AUGCUUCUCUGUAUUUUUGUUCCAAGUUUUCCAACAGAUGAAGCCAAACAUUUGAACUCAACAACAGUUGGAGAACUACUUCUCCACUCAUAUGAAGAAAGCCUUCAGAUUGUAAAUGCAGCCGCGGUCCACUCCAGGCUACGGCGAAACACUCGCAGGCCUUCAAAAAACCUGUUUACAUUCCAUCGACAAACUGAGGCUGAAACCCUGGAGAGUUCACGAGCUGCAGAGAUCUUUCAAACCACUCUGCAAGUCCUAAAGAGAAAAGCAAGACAAAUACAUACAAGGGAUGUAAUGAGAUCAGGAUUGCUCUCGUGGGAGGAUGUGCAGCUGAUUGCAGAGUUGUCUAAGUGUCCUCCUGCAACCCAUCCAUCCAUCUGUCAGCACAGUCAUCUCAACAAAUACCGUUCAAUAUCUGGCCUCUGCAACAACAGGCAAAAUCCUCUCUGGGGAGCAAGCAACACUCCUUUGGUCAGAUGGCUUCCAGCUGAAUAUGAAGAUGGAGAAAGAGAACCAAAGGGUUGGAACAGAGGACUGCUUUAUAAUGGAUACCAACUUCCCCAGGUAAUCUACAAGAUGCUUACUGGUAAACAGGACUGCAAGCCUUUCUUUCGCUCCCUUGCUGCCUGCUUUGUCAAUUUUCGGUCUGAUAUUAGAGUCACCCUGCAGCGACAGCAGAUGAAUUCAAUCACAUCAUUCAUGGAUGCUUCACAAGUGUAUGGCCACAGCCCAAAACUGGAGAGAAAUCUUCGUGACCUCUCUGGCUGUAAUGGAAAACUUGCUGUCAACAAACAAGUCAAAGAUGUCAAUGGAAGAGCCUACCUCCCGUAUGUCAGCACUCUGCCGUCAUCCUGCCUUCAGCAUCCAGACGGAGAGAGAGUUGAAUGUUUCAGUGCUGGAGACAGUCGAGUCAAUGAGGGUCUGCCUCUGACCAUUUUACACACACUCUGGCUUAGAGAACACAAUCGGAUUGCAGCGGCACUGAAACACAUCAAUGAUCACUGGAGCCCAGAGACUAUAUACCAAGAAACUCGCAAGAUAGUCGGAGCUCUGCACCAGAUUAUAACUAUGAGAGAUUAUAUUCCAAAAAUAAUCGGCACAGAAUCUUUUGAACACUACAUUGGACCCUAUGGGGGAUAUGAUCCAACUACUGACCCUUCAGCCUCCAAUGUGUUUGCCACUGCUGCAUUCAGGUUUGCCCACGCUACCAUCACCCCCAUUAUCAGAAGACUUAAUGAGAGCUUCCAGGAACAUGAGCACUUCCCCUCACUGAAACUGCAAAACACGUUCUUCAGUCCAUGGAUAAUAGUCAAAGGAGGUGGAAUUGAACCAAUUCUGAGGGGUGUAAUUGGAACCGCAGCCCGAACUGUAACUCCGGAUAAGCUGUUGACAGAAGAGGUGACGGAGAGGCUGGUGGUCCUUAACGUUCCAAAACAAAUGGACCUCGCAUCACUGAACCUGCAAAGAGGACGAGAUCACGCUCUUCCAGGAUACAAUGAUUGGAGAGCCUUCUGUGGACUGACAUCAAUUAACACACUUGAUGAUUUCACGAAGGUUAUGAGGGUUUCCAGGAUUGCUAAGAGGAUACUGAAACUAUACAAACAUCUUGAUAAUAUCGAUGUGUGGCUUGGAGGACUGGUGGAAAGUUUUUUGCCAGGCUCAAGAACUGGUCCUCUCUUUGCCUGCCUGAUCGGAAAGCAGAUGAAAGCACUUCGUGAUGGGGAUAGGUUCUGGUGGGAGGCUGAAGGAAUAUUCAGCCAACAAGAGAAGGUUGAGCUUUUAAAAGGGUCUCUGUCUCGGAUUAUCUGUGACAACAGCAACAUAAAGGAAGUCCUUGCUGAUUCUUUUAGGUUCAGGAAAUAUCCCUCUGGUUACAUCCCGUGUGAACAUAUACCAUCAAUGAACUUUGAAGCUUGGAGAGAGAAGAAGAGCCCAGAACUAAGGCGAUGUGGCACUCCACGGGAGAUACAGAAUGGGGAUUUUAUUUUAUCCUCUAUGACUGGCAAACUUGUCGCUCUCUACUCCUGCUACCAUGGUUUCAAGUUAAAGGGUGCUGCUGCAAUUACCUGUGAAGGAAAUCAGUGGAGUGAUCAUCCCCCACAAUGCACAGGACUCAUAAAAGCUGCCAGAGAGUCCACGCCUCAGUAA